AUGGCCGCGAAGCAUCAUCCGGACCUGAUAAUGUGUCGAAAACAACCCGGAAUAGCGAUCGGAAGGUUGUGCGAAAAGUGUGAUGGUAAGUGUGUGUUGUGCGACUCUAUGGUGCGUCCUUUCACUCUUGUUCGGAUCUGCGAUGAAUGCAACUACGGAUCGUUCCAAGGGCGGUGCGUCGUGUGUGGAGGGGUUGGAAUUUCUGAUGCUUAUUACUGUAAAGAGUGUAGUCAGCUAGAGAAGGAUAGAGAUGGGUGUCCUAAGAUUGUGAAUCUUGGAACUGCAAGAACAGAUCUAAUUUAUGAACGCAAAAAGUAUGGUUUCAAGAAAAGAUCAUGA